AUGUGUAUUUGUUGUGACUCUUCUUUUAAUGCUCUUUUCCUCUUUGUGUUCUCUCCAUGUAGAUCUUUGGAUGGAUUGGAGGGUUUCGCUUGUCUGGAAGAGCUAAUAUUGGACAACAACCUGCUGGGAAAUCAUGUCUGCUUCCCUUUACUUCCAUUCCUACACACAUUGACUGCCAAUAAGAAUCAGCUGACAGAGCUGGACCAUUUUCUGGACUCAUUGGCCGCGUCUGCCCCAUCCUUAGAGUACCUGAGCUUGCUUGGUAACCAGGCUUGUCCAAAUGAACUUGUUAGCACAGAGAAAGAUGAAGAUGACUAUCAGCGAUACAGGUACUUUGUCCUGAACAAACUUCCUAAUCUAAAGUUUUUGGACACCAGGAAAGUGACAAACAAAGAGCGUGAAGUGGCAGGUUCCAGAGGAGCAUUCAUGAGAGUGGUAAAGCCCCAAGAAAAUAAGGUGAGAUAA